AUGCCUCAUCUUUGUCAAUUUUACUUUCAAUAUUAUCAAUUUAUUGAUCAUUGGUUUUUAUUUGCUCCAUAUCAACAGUUAAUUAAUCGAUCUACUUCAAUAUUUUGGACUAGCCGACGAUCUCUCUUUAAAUGUCAUCUUGAUAUAGAUAGUCGAUCUCAUGGUCAACUUAUUUAUUCUAUUCGUUUUCCUGAGAAUAAAAUAUCAACUUCGAACGAAUGUAUAAAAAGUAAAACAGACUUGUAUGAUAGUGCUAUCAUUGCGGAUGGUACAUAUAUGGCUAAAUCAAGUCAAUUGACUGUUAGUUGUUUAGAUUUUACUCAGUGUAAUAUAGUAAUUGCAGAGAAUAUUCGAGCACUUCUCUUAACAGGGAAUUUUACUCAUUUGAAUAUUAAUUGCAAAUGGGUACCUAUUAGUACAUUGAUCAAACUUGUUUGGUAUUUACCAAAUCUUCAUUCAUUAUAUGUAUCUAAUUUAGCUAUGUUGGCCAUAAAAAUUUUAACUAUGAAUGAUUUAGAAAACUUUCGUUUAGCCUCGAAGGAAAAUAAAAUUAUUGAAGUACAUCUUACGCAGAUGAUUGAGUUUAAGCAAGUUCAGUAUUUAAUUGAUCUUUGUCCUUGUAUGCGAUAUUUUACAGUGGAAUGUUUAAAUGGCGUAAAUAUUGAAAUGUUUAUUCAAUUUAUUUUGAUGGAAAAUUGUAAAAGACUUCCUAAUAUUAGUGUCUUAUGUCUUUAUGGUCCAACUUGCAAAUUUGGACAAUCAAAACUUUAA